CGGGGACGCGCGGGCUCAGGCCGCCACCCGUGCGGCGUCCCCGGGCCCCGCUCCUGCUCCCGGCGCCGCGCACUGGCUGGCGGGGCCGGAGAGGCGGCGCCGGCCGGCGGGGCGGGGGCCCCGAAGUGGGUUUCGGGCCGCCACCAGCGCUGGCACCCGGCACAGAGGGCGGCGCGCGGCGGACUCCGCUCCCGGGCACCGCACCGGGCCGCCUCUGGGCUCUGCCGCUCUGCCCCGGCCCGGAAAACCCGGCGCCUUCCAGGCCCUUCGAAAGAUGGAUUCUGUUGACGUAUCUGGCGGCCCUGGCGAGCCGGGUGGAAAGUUGGGUUUUGCCAGAUCGCGCUGGGCUUGUCUUUGUGACGUUCGGCCAGCCCCGCAUCCUCCCGAAGCCGGGCCCAGUGGCAUCAGAGCCGAGUGAUGGACGAUCUGCAGUCCCAGAACCUCUCCAUGGACAUGACUGACUCCUCUCCCGCCUUGGCCAAUAACAGACUGGAGAAUGGCAUGGCCCAGCUGAUCACCACCGAGGCCUGGAACAUCAACUCCACCGACCUGGUAAAGAAGGCCCUGGUGACCGUGCCGGCCCCAUCCAUCCUGAACCCCCCAGCCGAGUCUCAGGGCGGCAUGGCUCUGAAGGUGGCGGCCACUGUGCUGCAGCCCCUGUGCCUCGGGGAGAGCCCGGUGGUGAUGCCCAUUCACAUGCAGGUGGAGGGAAACCCUGCGCCCGAGCUCAACCCUAACGGCCAUGCGGCCUAUGUCAUGACCACGCAGGGCCCCGUGCAGCUGCCGGUGGUGCUGGAGCAGCACGUCUUCCAGCACCUCAACUCCCCUCUGGUCCUGCCGCAGGAGGCCCCGUGCUCCUCCAGUGCUAUCCACAACAACCUGUUCCAGGGAGCCGAGGACCCCGAGGCCCGACCGCAGCUCCUGGACCUGCGGAUCCCCAGCCGGCCACAGGAGCCCACGUUGCCGUUUGAAGCUGUGCUCCAGAAUUUGUUCCCCUCGCAGGGCGCUCUCGGCCCCCCACCCUGUCAGCCUCCUCCUGGAUACGCGCCUGUGCCCCCCCAGCCCUUUAACUCCCCCCUGUCCCCCCUGGUCCCUCCGGCCACCCUCCUGGUACCCUACCCUGUGAUCGUCCCCUUGCCCGUGCCCGUCCCCAUCCCCAUCCCCAUCCCCGUGCCUCAGAGUCCCGAAUCCAAGCUCAGCUCCGCUUUCCCCAAGCCGCCAUCUUCCUUCGGCCUACACCCCUUCAAAGGCACCCCUAGCCCUCUGGAGAAGGAGGAACUGAAGCCCUUCGAUAUCCUGCAGCCGAGGGAGUACUUCCAGCUUAGCCGCCACACGGUCAUCAAGAUGGGGAGUGAGAACGAGGCCCUGGAUCUGUCCAUGAAGUCGGUGCCCUGGCUUAAGGCUGGCGAAGCCAGUCCCCCCGUAUGCCAGGAAGAUGCGGUCCUGGACCUGUCGCUGGCAGCCCACCGAAAAUCUGAGCCUCCCGUUGAGACACUGUAUGACAGCAGCAGCUCAGUGGACAGCCCAGGUCACGCCGGUGGCAUGGAAGUGCCCUUUGCCCCUGCCACAGCACACGGGGCCUCGGCUGUGAUGGAUAGCCACGCGGGCGGCAGCAACCCCGCCCAGCUGCCCGGCCAGCCCGGCCAGCCCGGCCAGCCCGGCGGCGAGGUCAAGGCUGAAAAUCACAUGGAGAUCGUGAGCGAGUCCCAGGCCGCCAAGGUUAUCGUCUCGGUGGAAGACGCCGUGCCUGCCAUCUUCUGCGGCAAGAUCAAAGGCCUCUCGGGCGUGUCCACCAAAAACUUCUCCUUCAAAAGAGAAGACUCCAUGCUUCAGGGCUAUGACAUCAAUAGCCAAGGAGAAGAGCCCAUGGGAAGCACAGAGCCCCUUAGGAAACCCGUCAAAAACAGGAGCAUAAAGUUAAAGAAAGUGAACUCCCAGGAAAUACACAUGCUCCCGAUCAAAAAACAACGGCUGGCCACCUUUUUUCCAAGAAAAAUUUAGCUGGAGAGGACCUUCUUUUCAAAGGCAGUAACAGCAUUGUUCUGAAUGACUGAAAGUCUUGCAAGCCAAAAGUAUUACUGAAGACCCCUCAGAACGAGAGGUAAGUCCUUUGCUGGUGGAUCAGGAGAUGCCCCAUAAACGUUCCUGGCUUGGGAUAGAGAUGCUUGGGAGUGGGGUUGGGAAGGGAAGAGAAAGUCGCUCCUCCUUCGUUUAGGCCAGCGGUUCUCAACUGGGGGUGACGGUGCCUCCCCAGGGAACAUCUGGCAAUGCCGGGAGACACUUUUGGUUGUCACAGCUGGGGAGGAUGCUCCUGGCCUCUGGUGGGUAGGGACGGAGGGCACUGCUGAACAUCUCACAGGCACGGAACCCCCCACAACAGCAGAUGAUCCGGCCCAAACGUCAAUGGUGCCGAGGCUGAAAAACACUGGCUGAGCCAUCUCUCCGUGGACGAAAGCGAGGCACCUGGAAGAAGGGAACAGCCCGUGGCUCUUCCCUGACAGCACAAAGCCACCCCUGCAAAUGAGGCAGUUUGAGUGUACAUUUAAGCUAGAUCUGCUAGGCGGCACAUCGCACUUGUGUCUGAAACUGUGCUGGCGACAGACUGAUGAUGGCAUGCCUGCUUUUAAACUUAGAGCUCUUUCUUUCACUUCUUGCAAUUAGUAUGUAUCCAGCUGUUACCGUGAACAUGAACAGGAGGAAAAGCAGUUGCGAGACUGUUCUUUUAUUACCAGGCUCUCUGUGUAUAGGGUUACCAUUUCAGCUGGUGCUGUACUGAACACCCAGAAUGGCUUUUCUUUUUCCUGCUCUUUUCCUAUGCCGUUAAAAUUUAUUUUUCAAAGUGCGACGUGGUGGUAAUCACCAAACAGCCGUUGCUCGUCAGGCUAGCUUAGUCCCGUUCAACGGCACCAGCCAGACUCCAUCCCUCCGCCUCUACACAGUGCAGGCUUUUUCCAUUUUUACGCCCAUGGUGGGUUUCUGGCCGUGUUUCCUGAGCGUGGCACGUGUGCUAGUCUCAACUACAACAACAUGAACGUGCCCGGGGGCUUGCACUUGCCGUUUACCUGACGUCUCUUCUCACCACGUUCGCGGUUGUCUCUGCUGCCCCUGCAGCGCGGGGGGCCGCCUUUGUACACCGGCCAGCAGGGGACCCGGUUCACAGUGUCCUGGGGACACCUGCUGCUUACCCGGCUUUGAGGGAACAGGAUUCUCAAUUUGGCCUUUAGAAGAAGCCAGUGCUUAAAGCUGAGUGACAUAUAGGUGGAAAGGAAGGCAUUUGCAGCCUCUAAUUACAUUAUAAACCUCAAGCCACAAAUCUCUCUUUGAUGGGUCUGGAAAUGCCCCUUUCUCCUGAGACGUCAGUGCUGCUUGGGUGAGAAUUGUUGGCUCCACAGCCAGCCAGGGUGUCGAGUCAGCACGGGCUGUCUCCUACCCUGGGUCGGACUCCCACCCACCCAUGCUGCGCUUAGCCCCAGGCCCUGUCAUUCGUGGCUGGGGGGGGAGCUUUGGGAAGAGGCCGCUGUGGCGUGGGGAGACGUGCCCACUGAGGUCUAUGAGGGCCACACGCGGUGUUGUCUAGGGACCGGGCUUGUGCCACUGGGGCAGUGAUACCCUCUGCUUGCCCCCCUUCCCAGCCUUUGACGGGAACUGGAAUCCACCUGGCUACCUGCAGGCCAGGGAAUCGGGAGAAGAACAAAGGGCUUGUUGCUGCGGCCAAGGUGAGCCUAUGGAUCCCUGGUGGUUCGGUUCCAUGCUCCCUCCCGAGUCAGAAGUUCGCAGCCUUUCAACACAAACUUUACCUAAGAAUUAUCAGCCUGGAACCAUGAUUCCUGGUCUGAGGCAUG